AGAAGGCGCUGAGCUCUUUCAGGUGCAUAUCCAGCAUCGCCCAGCCUCACCCAUUCCGGAGCCAGAGGUUGUGCGCAGCACUCGAAUGUACACACACACACACACACACACACACACACACACACCCUCUGCGCGGCUUUUCUGAGUGUUACGGCGCCCUCCUCCCGCCCCCACACAGCGCGGGCGGGGACCCACCGGUUCCGCUCUGCACUAGCUGCUGUGAAAGCAGGACCCCCGGGAGCGGGAUCCCGGCGUCCGGUCGCCCAACCCUGUUCAGGCUUAGGCCCGCAUGGAGGGGACUGCGGAGUCCCAGACGCCUGACCUGCGAGACGUGGAGGGCAAGGUGGGCAGGAAGACCCCUGAAGGGCUGCUCCGCGGGCUGCGAGGCGAGUGGGAGACGGGAACCUCUGGCGCCCUGCUGCUCCCGGGGGCGCCUAGCACGGGCCACAGCCUGGGGGACAAGAUCAUGGCGCUGAGGAUGGAGCUGGCUUACCUGCGAGCCAUCGACGUGAAGAUCCUACAGCAGCUGGUGACCUUGAACGAGGGCAUUGAGGCAGUGCGCUGGCUGUUGGAGGAGCGGGGGACGUUGACCAGCCACUGCAGCAGCCUCACCAGCAGCCAAUAUAGCCUGACAGGCGGGAGCCCAGGCCGUUCAAGGCGAGGCAGCUGGGACAGCCUGCCAGACACCAGCUCCACUGACCGGCUGGACAGUGUCUCCAUUGGCAGCUUCCUGGACACAGUGGCCCCCAGCGAGCUGGAUGAACAGGGCCCCCCCGGGGCUCCCCGUCCCGAGUUGGACUGGGCAAAGGCUAUACCCGGUGGGGAGAGGGCCAGGACUGAGGUGGACCUGACAGCCACCAGGCUAGGAAGCUUGAGGGCUGUGUGGAAGCCCCCAGGGGAGGGGCUCCAAGGUGGACCUUCUGAGCCACCAGAGGAUGAGAGUACCAAGCUGGGCUUUGAGACCCACUGGUACUGGGGCCAGUGCCAGGAUGAUGUGACCUUCCUGUAACAACUCUUCCACCCUUUUGUUCUCCUAUGGCUCUUUCAUCGCUAGGCCCUGGUCUCCCUCAAAUUUAUUCUCCCUCAAUCUGGGAUUAGGAAGAGGCUGCAUUGAGAUCAGUUACCAUGGAAACCUGGCCUCACCAUCUCUCUGGUCCCUGGGGAGGCUCUGCCUUUAUCCUUCAAUUAUUGGGUCCCUAGAGCUAUUUUCAUGGAUACAUUGACUCUAGAGGCUUGACCUGUGGCUCCAGGUGUGAUGGUAUCUCUUCCCCUUUCCUCCCAACUGGGAUUUGAUGGUUUAGCAUCCCUGCGAGAUCACUGAUGAAGAGAUGGGGGUAUAAUUGCCUCACCCAACAUCUAGGAGCCUUGGCUCCCCUCUUGGCCAAGAUGGAGGAUUGUGGAGGGACAUGGACAUUCAAGGCCAACCCUCUAUGGAUUGGUCCUCCCAGAAGCCUUUGGGGUUGGUAGAGCCACCCCUUCCUGCCUGGUGAGUGAUGUCAUUUCCUGCCAGGAUGGAUUAGCCUUUCCUCUGUACCAGUCUUUUAGUGAUGAUGGGUCAGUAUAGGGGUGUCUGAGCCCCUGCUGCUAAGUGAGACCAUCAUUUAUUCUCCCUACUGUUACUUCUUGUGAAUGGGAACAUACCACCCUCCUCGCAGGAAAGUUUCUCAGUCAGAUGUUUGUACUUCUUCUCAGAGAGGUUCUUAGUAUUUAAACAGGGAGUUCUCAUUUUAUCCUAGGGAUUCUCACUUCCUCUCUGACCACACACCUGUCUGCUGCCAGCAUUCCUAUAUUCUAUGCUUUUAGGGAGGAAACUGGCAGGAGCCUCCAACUACAGCUCUCAAAAGUCUGUUUGGCCUGCCCUGCCACAGUCCCCUGUCUUACUCUGUCCCUGGGUUGCCCCCAUUCUUGUAUUCUGGCUCCAAAUCUGUCUGUCAGGAGGUUCAGCCUUUGUGUUUCCACACCUUCUCGGUUUCCACUUUGGGCCUCAUACCUUUUAUAUGCAGAUGAGUCCCUCAGCCUUCUCUCUCCAAGGCUGAUGGGAGCCAGAGGGAGGAGAAGCUUGGGGUGUACCAGAAUCUCCAAAAGGGGGAGGUAUCUUCUCAGAUCCUGUGAUUCCCCUGCCCCCAUCCUGCCCCAGACCUUCCACCAUUGGUUACUAGGAUGCCUGCCUGAGGCCAGGACACAAGGAAUCCCCUUGUCUGGGUUACAAUGGGGGGUGUGGCAGAGAAAGACAGAGGCUCUUUGGUCCUAGGGCCCACAUCCUGGGAGGGGGGAGAGUAGGAGGGAAAGGCUGCUUUCCUUCCUCCCUUAGAGCAAGCUUUAGACUCCCGGGACCUGCAGAGGGAGCAGGGCACUGGCUCUGGGCCUGGGUCCCAGGGCCCUAGUGAAUUACACCAAAGGAGGGACUCAGGGAACCUGCCAACCUGGGGCUCAGGGAGGAGACAGGCCCAGAGAAAGGGUGGGGACAAAGGCUGUGGCUGAUGUCAGAGUAUGAAUUAUUGGAGAUUAACUCUUUGAACCCCAGGUAACUGCCCCUAUGUUGGUCCCUGUCUUUCCUGGGCCCUGAAACUAGAUUAUUGGAAGGCAAAAAGGAGAAAAAAGGAUGUCAGGUAAUCCUUGCCAAUUUGCUGUGCCCUCGUGAGUUGGACGAGUCUUCCUCAAAUCCUGGAAUAACUCCUGCAGUUUCUCUACUUUUCAUUCUAUGCUGAGGAAGGGACGGAAGCCAAGUUGAUUAUCUCCAGUUCCCCUAAACUCCUCAAGUCUGGUUCUGCAACCCCCCACCCCAAUCCUUUUGGGGCAAUACAUUUCCUCCUCUCCUCUCAAAGUGAUUGAAAUCUCUAAAGAAUAUCCGUUAAGUCUCUUCUUUGCUGCCCACCAGCCCUCUCCUUACCCCUCUGGGUCUUGGGGCUCCUGACCUCCCCUCAGGCUGGGAAUUCAAAUAUCCUUUCCCAAUACCCUGACUCUGUUGCCAUUUUGUGGUGACUUAUGGGUAACUACCUUUCCACGUGGAACCCUUGUAUUCCUUUUCGAAGCUUUCUUAUUCAUUUAAUCUACAAACUUCUGAGCUGAAGAGGUUGUCUGCCCUCUUGUGACCAUUAUGCACCAUUGCUGGAAUAGCUGGGUGAAACCUUCAGGCUCAAAUAUAACCUUAAAGAAGACCAGCCCUCUCAUUGCACAGACAGGUUAGAGAGACAGGCCUACAGAAGGCAGAGACUUGACCAGUGUCACCCACGGUAAAUCUGUGACAAUGCUCAGGUUAAAGAACCCAGAUCGCCUGCCUGCCAGCCUGUCCACCCACAAUUCCAUCACUUGACCAGACUGUUUCCCCACCCCACCCUGUCACCACCCAAGCCCAAAGGAUCUGAAAGCAAUUUUCUCCCUGUUUUAAUAGGUUCUUACCCCACCCUAGAGAGGCAGCUCGGUAUUUGGAGAAAGAGCCACAGGCUCUGAGGAAAGAGACUCUGGACCAGGACUGGGUAAAGGGUGCAUUAAUAUGGACCACAGAUAUAAGGAAGAUCAAUCUUGGACCAACUAUUUUUCUGGGAAGGUAGGGCGAGUAGGCCCAGACAUCAUGGGGGCAGAACUCAACAUUCCAGACCUGGACGUGAGAAGCAGGGGAUAGCGGUGGGAGAUGAGAGAGAAAUCCAGUUGGGUCCUGUGGAGUUGGGGAGCUCCAAAGUCAGGGGAUUACAGCUCAGCUGGACUGGCAUCUGAGGGUAUUGAGGGGUUGCAGAGGUGGGUGAGUGGGGCUGCCUGGGAACUCCAGGUAGCCUAGACAUCCCGUCUCAAUACCUUAAACUCCAUUUCACUACUAGAGAAGACCAGGAACCCUGGUAA